AUGACCGCGACCUAUAAGGCAUGCGAAAAGCGAUGGAAGGGAUUUAUGGCUGAAGAACUGCUGCACAGUCCUACAAUAAUCGAUCCGCGCAAUCUUAGCAAAGAGCAGAAGAUGAAAGUUCGCCGCGUGGGAAGCUGGAGAUGGACCCUAGAGAACGAAGAGAGGCCUGUGUUGGCUUUCGAUAAUUUUGCCACCACGCGUCAUGGUUUUCACGUAAUUCCAAGCGCCCUUGAUGAAAAAACACAGCUGCAAUUCGCCCAUGCUUGCUUGACGGAAUUUCCGGAAGUGCCACACCUGACCAACAUGCAUCAGCAAAAUCAGCAAGUAUCAAACAUCUGGCAAAAAGCACGUAGAUCACAUCCACAAAAUCCAGCCGAGUCCCCACUUCUCGCAAAACUGUGUUGGGCGGCAUUGGGAUAUCACUACGAUUGGACCGCUAGAAAGUAUCAUAGGUACAGGUAUUCACCCGUCCCUGAGCUGUUGCAGCAGCUUGGUGUAAGAUGUGCUGCUGCGUGUGGUAUGACGCUUGCAGUUGAGGCUAUUAUUGUCAACUACUAUAAAAUGAAGUCAUCUAUGGGUGGCCAUCGCGACGAUGUCGAAUACACUAUGGAUCAUCCUGUGGUGUCGCUGUCACUCGGCAGUCCGUGCUUGUUUCUCCUGGGUGGGCACACGAAAGAUGAGGUACCACUUGAGAUAUUGCUUCGAAGUGGCGACGUCGUGAUAAUGGGUGGUGCAUCGCGUACAUGUUACCACGGAGUAGCUCGUGUAUUACCCUCCCCAUUUGAGGUGGAAUCUAAUACCCUUAAGGCGCUUGUGCAAAGUGAUGAUGACGCCAAAGAGUAUGAAGCUAUUUUGAAUUACUUGUCCUCGCAGCGAAUCAAUUUAAACGUGCGGCAAGUGUACCCGUAA